AUGGGAAUUCCGCACUACUUCAGCGCCCUCUCGGCCCUAACAUUUUUACUGACCACGGUUAUCGGCGGUACCAAUGCUGCCACCAACAGCGACCCUCUUAUACAUCUCACUUACGGCUCCUUCCAGGGCAGAUACGACUCAACGUACAACAUCUCGUACUUCCGCAAAAUCCCCUUCGCUGCGCCUCCAACCGGCGAAAACCGCUUCUGUGCUCCGCAGCCACCAUUGCCUGUACGAGAUGGCAUCUAUGACACUGACCAGUCCUUCGACAUGUGUCCCCAGCGCACGGUGAAUGGAUCUGAAGACUGUUUGUAUCUAGUCAUCUACCCGAACUACCGAGUGAAUGCUUUUGGCUUCCUUCCCGGAAAGGCAGUCAAAGACUCGCCAACCUCAGAUUUAAACCCAGGACUCCUGGAUCAGGAGUAUGCCCUUAAAUGGAUUCAAGAUCAUAUUGCCCAUUUUGGAGGCGAUCCACGUAAUGUUACUAUUUGGGGCCAGAGUGCCGGCGGAGGCUCUGUUGUUGCGCAGGUCGCUGCAAAUGGACGACGAGGAAGAAAGAGGCUUUUCUCAAAGGCGCUUGCUAGCUCACCAUUCUGGCCGAAGACGUAUCGCUACGACGACUACGAGGCGGAGGUUAUCUAUGACAGUUUGGUCAACUUGACUGGCUGUGCUGGUGAGAAUGAUUCAUUGGUUUGCUUGAAAAGGGUUGAUGUCCAAGCAAUCCGCGAUGCGAAUCAGAUCAUUAGUGCUAGUCAUAAGUAUACGACGUCUUCGUACACAUGGGCACCUGUCAUUGAUGAUGAAUUCCUCCUCCACCCACUAACAGAGGCAACAAGUCACAGUUUGGUCGAAACAGAUUACAUCUUUGCAACGUACAACACCCACGAAGGCGAAAACUUUAUUCCGCCUGGCUUUGCCUAUGAGAAUACAAACGCAACAAGUGACUCCUUCAACUCUUCAUCAACUAGUUUCCGCUCCUGGCUUUCCGGGUUCUUACCUGGUUUAUCGCCGUCUCAGAUCCUCACCCUCGAACAUCGUUAUUACCCGGAAACAGGCCAAACCGAAACGAUGGACCUUUACAACUCGACCUAUGUGCGCGCGGGUCUGGUUUAUCGCGAUGUCGUCCUGUCUUGUCCCGGGUAUUGGCUCGCUUCUGCCGCAAGACAGAAGGGCUAUUUAGCUGAGUAUACGAUACCGCCGGCCCAGCAUGCAGAUGAUACUGCCUACGUUUGUCUCCUCCUUGCUCCCUUCUUGUACAGUAUCAUACUAAACUAG